AUGACAAUAGGCCAAUGGCCUGAGUAUAAAAAGUACGUAGCGCUGUUUAAGGGAACCACAGAGAAAUACCGACACAUACGUGUAGUCUUCACCGACAGAGACGGGGCGGGAAAGACAACAAUAUGUCGACGGAUUAAAAACGAAUAUGUCGACCUCGACUUACGCCAGCCAACUGUGGGAGCAGUUCUUUACCCUGCGUCGUUCUUUAUUGACUGGGAAUUUAAAACAUGGGGAGAUAUUGCUGAUCAAUCGCUUACGGACGUGAUUACAACACGUAUGGGUGUAUUGUUCAAAACGAACAUGGAGACAUCAGAAAUAGAGGCCGGUUUCCAAACAGCGUCCCAAGACGGCUUAGGCGGAGAUUCAUUGCUAGAAGACCCUGCUGCUUCACACAAUGUGUUUAUUUCUUCGCAUGGUGUGUACCUACUAGUCUUCAGACUGACAGAUUUUCUCAAAGACAAGUUGGAAACUGAUAGACUGAAGAAAUGGAUCCGGUUGAUUGGUACGUUUUCGUCAGGUGAACUUAACGCGCCAAGAUUGAAGGCACAUGAACCUCCACUUAUUUUCGUCGGCACCUUCUUGGACGAACUUAAAAAAACAACCUCGGACUGCGACAAACUUGUACAGGCAAUGCAGUCAAGCAUUGCGAAAUUCCCCGAACUUACAGCUCACAAAUUCGUAAGGUUCUGCACAGUGGACAACAGCCUCGGAAAUGAUGACACGGAAUUGGAAGUGUUGCGAGGUUUUAUUACAGAAGCAGCCGUGUACCAAGAUCAGUGUGACAGAAAACUUCCAGCCAGAUGGUUGAAACUCGAGAUGGACUUACUUGAAGCAAGAGAAGAAGGAACCUGGAUACUCAUUUUGGCGGAGGUGAUUGAAAUGAACAAAAAGUCUAUAGCCCCUUUAACGAACGAGAACGAGAUUAAACUGGCACUAGAGUUCCUGCACUGCACAAGAUCUGUGAUUUAUUUUCGGGAGUUUGACCACAUCAUCACCAACCCCCAGUGGCUUGCUGAUUUUUUCAGCAUCCUGAUUACCGACGACGAGUUCCUCCCAAAAGGCGACCUUCUCCUGACCCGAGACCUGGAGUUGUACAUGACAAAGGGUGAACUUACUGACAAGUUGACCAAUGGUCUUCUAAGUCUGGAAAAGAACCAAGCUUUCCUUCCUUACAAGUCUGUUCUCCUGGCGCUGAUGGAAAAGUUCGGACUAAUAGUAAAGAUACUAAUGUCGGGAACCACUACAGAAAAUGCACAGUUCAGUGAGACGUACACCAUUCCGAGCAAACUUAUGGAGCUACAAAGCAUUGAUGAUAUAACCAAAGAAGUCAGUAUCUUCAAAAAGAGAAACCUCGCUGUCUCCAAAACCUUAUGCUUCGUGUUUAAAGAUGUUUACGUCCCAGAUGAACUUUUCCAUAGAAUCUUUGCCCAGAUCAUGAGAAGGUACAGAGCAGUGUCACUGUCAACAGACACUUUCUAUGAGCGUGACCAGGCGACAGUAGGCAACACUAAUUGUCUAUAUUUGGGUUUUGGAUGUUUCAAAGUCGAUGACCUUUGCAGAAUGAUCGUGUCCAUGCACGCAGAGCGGUCAGCAAUCGCUGUGACUUUGAUCAGUCCAACAGAAUCUAAGCUUCCCGCAGACUCUGGACAACGUGUGAGGCUCUCGAUCGAACGAAUUCUACUUGAGACGUUGCAAAUGAGUAAUCAGCAACACUUUCAGUUCGCACAUCAGCUGCACUGCAACUUCCACCUGAGUCCAUACGACACUCCAGUACAACUGUACGGCGUCAUCCACUCAGAAAGGGGCGUGCCUUGUCAAGGCGGAGAAUGCAUAGGACAACACCGACUGUCCAGAACAGACACAACGUUUUGGAACAUCACAGAGGAUUCUGCAAGGUUUCAAGGCAAUGGGAAUAUCGCAGGCACAACGGGGAUUGAAACAAAUACCUUUGACAGAAGGCCGUCUCCUCGAGAACUUAGUCGUCUGUCCCGUCUAAUCAACUCGUCUCACAUUGAGCAGUUCUUUGUGGAGCUUGGGCUUCCUGAUUUAGAAAUCGAAGAUACAAAACGUGAGUCCUGCACCUUGCCUGGGAUCACACUUAUUACCAAACUGUUUCUUAAAUGGACAAUCGCCUAUCCGAAUAAGACGAUCGAUGAUAUCCAACAAGCUAUGGAGGCGGUUGAUAUGGCGACUGACCGUAUCAACGACGUACUAGGAACAGACGAGGAAUCCCAGGUCAAAGAUAUGGUGUCAUCUGAGGUUUGGAAUAGAGUCCCAUUUGAGGAUGAAAUAGAGAAAAUCGUAGAUAACAUCGGCAAAACGUUUUUCAACCUGUGCCUAGAGCUUGGAUUGUCACCCCCGACCAUAGAGCAGUGUGAACUGUCUCAUCCUACCGACUUCAAGACAAGGAUGAAUGCUCUCAUUCGGUGUUGGAUAGACAGAUUCCACACAGAGGCAACCAUAGGCAGGCUGCUGACAGCCAUGAAGGUUUGUCAGAUGGACUGGCAUACAACAGCAACACUUUGGUCACCCUGAUUAAGACAAAAUAUGUGAUCUUGUGAAACUAAUUCAUGUGAUUCUGGAUAAGAACACACCUGGUGAUGUUUUAUUUUCUGAUAACAAAGCUUUAAUAGAACCAUGGAAAAGAGUUUCACCGAAAUGUUUCUAUGAAUUUCAGAGUUCUAAUAUUUGACAGUUAAGACAAGAAAAUUAGGACGUAUCAAAGAGUCGUAACCACGGAGUUAUUUAUUUGUUUUAAUACAUUUUUAAUGGUUAAUUGGUCUUACAUUAUUAGUCGCUUAUUAUUCGAGAGCCCACUAUAUAGUUAUUCUUUAUUGUACACAUACCUUUCAUCUCCAGGAAUAAAGAUUUCGCGAUUUUACUCCGUGAUCAAAAUUUUAUGGAAUAACAUUAUUUGAUAGUCACAAAUCUAAAGCUGAAACAUCUUUCUAUCAGCAGUCCAGCUAAUUGAAAAGGUUUAUAUUUCAAAGUCGUUAUACCAUCAUUAGAAAUCAAUAUUAACGAAAUGUAGACACCAUGCGAUAUAACAUACUGAAGUAUUUCUGACACAUUCCUUUCUCUUUAAUCGUAAUUCUUUCCGUGUUAUUAAGUGAAUUACAAAAUUAACUGAUUAGAGCACACGUUAAACUACCAAUGAAAAGUUACAUUUGUUUAUUUUGUUGGUGUUAAUGACAAUCAUCUUAUUGUUCACAUGUUACCCUUUGAAAUGUAGUCAUAACCCAUCUGAUAAUGUUCAACUUUGGUAUACUUCUGAGCAAAUAUUGUUCUGUCUUUUUACCAGCAACAUAAAUUAAUGAACACGAAAAGAAAAUUUAAACUGAAAGAAAUUGCCUACAAAAAAAAUCAGCAUUCAGUAAACACAGUGAACAGACUGAGUAUAAGUAUCAUAUAUUUUACACAGUUAGAACUAAUUUAAUGCUUGACCAUACAGAUAAAAUGUAUGCAUUUGGUUUAUCAAAGCAUUUUAACACAACGUGUUGAAUGUCACAAUACAUACCUAUAACAGUACAAACCUAUACAUACAACAAACUUAAUAUCUAACCUCCUUACAUACUACCCACAAAAGACAGUUCAUGAUUUUUGUCAACGUCAGUUUUACAAUAAUUAUUUUUCAUUAUGUAAUAAAGAAGGCAUACGGUAAUUGAUGUCAUUUUAUCGUGUUUAUCAUAUAUUUAACUUUCAGUCACACACGUGGGUAUAUGAUGAGCAGCGAUUGCUCAUUCGACUGUCUUUUCUGAAAUGAAUUUGAGUCACGUGAACACGCAGAACUCUCCCAUUACGUCAAAUCAAAAGAAGGUAAACACAUUUAACAACUAUUUACCAUUCUAUAUCUUUUCCCUAGUGUACUAUUGAUAGAAACUCCGUUUCAUUUGAAUAUAAUUAAAAUACUGUAUAUGUGUUUUUAACUAUAAAUAUUUAGCUUUAAAUACGUAAAAAAACUUGAUGACAUGUACUUUUUUCCUGAUUUUGGUAUUUCUUUAAUGUUGAACAUGUGUGCACCAAUAUGUAAAAUUAUGUUUAUUACUUCUCAUGUACACGUAUAUGUUACACAGUGUAUGUUAUUAUUGAUUUGUGUUUUCAUUUUGAUAAUUAGAAGAUUUAGUCUGCGAUCUCUUAGACUUGAUAACAGCAGGUGUGUAUUGUAAUGUCCUGAAAUAAAAGUUAACGUUUUUUUUUAUAAAAGUGUACAUCACAGUAAACCUAGUUUUCAACACGUCCGUUGCUAAGUGUUCAAGAGACCUCGAGUUGGACACGCCAAUUGUAUAAUGUAAACAAUAGUAUUUUUUAUUAACACGUUUGUUUUAUUAUAAACUAAUGAUAAUCACACUGAUUUUGCAGUGCAUAACGUGCUGCUUGGAAAAUGUAUUCAAUAGGUAAGGAGCAUCGAUAAAGAAAUCUGUAGUUCUAUAUUAUUAGGAACUGAUCACGUGAUAAAUAGGUCUUUUUAUUGAAAACAACAGAUCACCUGACAAAAAAGAUGAAUAUUGAACAACAUGCUACAAGCUGUAAAAGUUAUAUAGUGCACAGCGGACGGCGUGUUACACUAGUUCAUUGGUAUUUGAUAGCGACCUACGUGCUGAACACGCAAGGUUUUGAUCACAAAGUUAACGCCGGAUACCGUGCUUAAUAUGCACUGGCUGUCUGUCUGGCAAGGCGUUAGCUAAAUUUUGUCUGGACCAAUAUUUUUUUCCUGAGUUCAAUAAUUUAUACUGAUGAAGAUUUAGGAUGCUGACUGGUGCAAACUGGAAAAGGAAAUGUGCCCUAACAUAAGCUGGGAUAUCGCGUUUUGCUUUUAUUUUGUUAUCAGCGGUUUUCCUGAGCAUUUCUUCCUUGCAAUUUUACCUUAAUGCAUUGAACUGUUUUCAGAGGCAAUUUGGAAAAGUUGCGUGUUGUACUCUCCAUGGCCUACUGUUCACUUUUGAAACACAUUUCUGUUUAAAAAUGAUUUAGAAUAUGGACAAGUGAAGAGGAAUCUUAUACAGAACGUUUUUACAGGGUAAUGUCAAAAAUACGCUUCUUGUAGUAAUAGUCUUUUCUCCAGUUAAUUAAAGUUUAAAACGUUUUCCAAAUUUUGGUUUAUCCUACAGACAACGUUCCUGAGUAAUAUAGAAGAUAUGUAUUAAUCUCGUUGAAUGCAAACAUUGUGACAAUACAGGAAUGCUACUGCAGAACGGUUCUUAAAACGAGCAUUAAUUUUACAUUGAGAUACUGACUAUUCAAGACGCGGGCUAAUAUUGCUCUUACCUCUCCCUCGUAGUGCUUUGUUUUUACAAGUAAUUUCUCUUGAACGAGUUAAGUUGUAACCGCGUAUAUCCCACAGUAUGAUGGGCUAACAUAUGUAGGCAGGUCACUGCUGAAUGCUCUUGGUCACAUUAUUGAUGUAUUACGUUUUUCUUAUAAUCCACAAAAUUUACCCCAAAGCCAAGCAAUUUUCAUGUAAACAAAUCCUCGAUCAAACUUUAGAUUGUCUGUGUUUCUGAUGGUACAUCAAAGAUUUUUAUAAUGAGUUUGCAUUACCAACUCUGGUUUGGUUUUGAGUUACAAACAUUGGUUUUGUUGAGAUUAAGAACAAAAAAUGAAUUACGAUGUAAGACAUUCAAACACGUGUUGGAUUAAGAUGUAUCGUAAUCACUUGAUGUAUUAAGAUAUAAGACAAGCAUUUGUUUGAUUGCGAUGUCUGACAAACACUUGUUUGAUUAAAAUGUAUGACAAACUCGUGUUCGAUUUGAUUUAGAUGUAUAGCUCGUGUUGGUUUAAGAUGUAUGACAAGCAUUUGUUUGAUUGCGAUGUAUGACAAACACUUGAUAGCUACAUAGCAAUGUAUGAAAACAACAUAGACCAUAAGAUACUUGCCUGGCUGCUUUAUAUGGCAAAAAAGUGUGUUAUACAACGUUACCUGACUCCAUUUUGUUUUUGAAAUACACAAAUUAGUUUUGUUAAGAUUAAGACAAAUAAACUUGAAUAAGAAUGUAUGACAAAUACUUGUUGGAUUAAGAUGUAUGACAAAUACCUGUUGGAUUAAGAUGUAUGAUAAAUGUUAGUUGGAAUGUAUUGUUUGACCAACACUUGCUUGCUUACGAUAUAUCAAAAUUAUUUUACUUGUAUGACCAAAUCUAUCUUGUAUUUGAGAUACAAAUGUUUGUUUGCUUAAGAUGCCACAUAUAUAAGUAUAUAACCUACUUUGGAUCCCUAUGGUCAUUUAGUUUGCUUUUUGCUUUACUUAAUAAAAAUGGAGGUUA